CGUUGCGUUUAUUGCGUCAUAUCUGACUAAAUGGCAGAAGAUAAUGCAAAGAGGCGCGUCAUACAAAACGCACGCAACACAAACCUCUCAGAGGUCACAGAUGUGCAGCUCAGAACUUCCAGGAAGUAGUGAGACAAAAAGUCAGUUGCCUGUGAGAGCAGUGGCUCAGAAGCGCAUGGGCUGUCGAGGACGUCUCUCGGGUUUUCAUCACUCCUCUCCACCAUGAUCAACACCUACCAGACCAGCAUGGCUCCACCGCCGGUGCCUCCGCGCCUCACCGGAUCCCACCCGGUCCUCUUCCCGGCUCCGCUUCCAUCGCGACGCCACAGCAAGUCUCUCAUUCGGUUUUUGGUUGCCGUCGUGUUGCUGCAUUUAUUUUUGUCCAUCGGAGGAUUCAUCUAUCUGUACCACAAUGACAAAAUGCUUUCAUUUCAGCUUCCCUCAAGACAAGGGGAGGAAGGACAAACGGCACAACGCUCAUCAGAAAAGCAGGAAACCUCCUACAAAGCUUUGGCCCGAAUGGCAGUUAAGCCCCAGGAACACACGUCAGAUCAGAAAUCUACAUCGGGUUAUCUCCAGUGGAACAUCAACCACUCCGUUUGCAGGAACGUUGGCUACUACCGCAACAGUUGGUUGACCAUCCUGCAGCCUGGCGAUUACUACGUCUACUCCGGGGUGACCUUCUCCGAGGGCGACUCCGAGCGCCCUCUGGUCAGCAGGGUGAAGCUGAGGAAGAGUGACAAAGAGCAGGAAAAGGUUGUGAUGCAGGCCUACUGUAACCUGAACAGCACACGCGGGUCUCCGUCGAUCCCUCGCCUGUGCACGGCCACGCAGGGAGCCGUGAUCACGCUGGAGAAGGGGAACCAGCUCAGCCUCUGGGUGCAAGACCUUCCACUGGUGAACUACGAGGAAGGAGCCACAAUCUUUGGGAUGUACAAACUGUAGGACCCCCCCUCCGUGAUAACAUGCACGGACUGUAUCUGAACAGCGGGAACUCAUUAAGUGGAUUUAAAUCUACUGGCAAUGCUGUAAAAUAGACUGGAUCAACCACCAAACAAAUGGAUUUUGAUACUUUUUUCUGUGGAGGCAAAGAACUGAUUCCUGACAGCUAAUUUAUUAAAUCAGAUAUAAUUGUGUGAUAUUUUUGUUGCAGUUGCGAGCGAUUGUACUGUAUUUAUUGAUGUAAAACAGCUUGUAUAGCCAUGAAAUGAAACUUUGAUAUUUAAUCUAAAAGAUUUCUUCUCUUUUCUUUGUCUUGUAUUCCGGAGUCAGUUAGACAUGGAGAAGACAGCAUGAGGCAAUGCAUACCAUUUUAAAUGCUGAAGCCCAAGAGGUGAUCGGGUGAACUAUAGAAGUUAAAAUACCCAGAAUGUCAGCCUCACAGGCCUUCUGUUUCUUGGAACAUAGCAAAGUCAUUUCUUUCAUGCAGCUGAGCCACAAGAAACAAGACCUGUCAAGAUGUUGGUUAUGUCUCCAGAAGUGGUACAACACUCCAUACCAAAGUUCCUUCCGUGGUGUGUGAAGAGACGUAUGCACCAAACUCAAUGUUGUUUUUAGUUGUUCUGGAAAGGAGCAAAAAGGAAGAAAAAAAAUAGCAUCCGCAGUAUUUCAUUGCCAACUGAUUUUUGAUGGAAGCUGCACACGUUCCACUUUUGUGAUUUGUGAUUUUUCCUUCUUUCCAGCCGUUGGUUCCCAUUAAUUUCCAAGUGGUUUAUGAAUCUGUUUUUUUAACUCUUGGCACUUGUUUGAUUGUGUAAUUCAUCAGAGGAACCU